AUGAAGCCCUACAUUGUGCCCGUAUUCGUCUUUGGGCGUUCGGGAAUGGUCCUCACGGCUCUGUUGAUUCUCAUCGUAACAGUGACGGCGGCCUCAAAUUCUGUUCUGGGCGGCAGCUCUAUCCUCUAUCACGAUGUUCUAGGAGUUUACCUAAAGCCCUACAGGAAGAAGGAGGAUCGUCGAAUUUGCCUGCUUUGUGGAAAACCACGCAGAAAACUCACUGGCAGCAAGCAAACCUGUCACUGUUGCAGCAUGCUUGAGUGUACUGAGUGUGGACAGGAAGACAGAAUGACCAAUCGCGCGAUAACACGCUGGACUACUCCCUACAUUUGCAAUAUGCAUGGCAAGUAUCGUGCGUAUAAGACCGGUCUGAGCCAUCUGCGUCUGAGAAUAACCUACGUCACGCUGGCCUUAAUGAUGACACUGGUUAUUGCAAUCUACAUGAAAGAGGUAACCAUUUACUCCUAUAGCGAUGAGUUUGAAGAUUACAAAUGA